AAAGGGUGUUUAAACACAGCAGGGCUGGAACUGAGAGCAAACUGGACAAAACUAUAUGCAACACUAGAGUAGUACGCACGGUGGCGCUGCAGUCUAAGGAGUUGUAUAACAAGGGGCUCCCAGGAUGCCCAGGACGCCAUUCCUGCGAUUCAGAAUCCUGAGUACCCCCUGCAAGAAGGGGACCUUUACAUAAAACGUAGGGGAAAGGACGCCUGAAAACAACUCAGUAAGAUUUAAUUCGAGGAUAUUUCACCAAACCGUCUGUGCGGAUUGAAACAGACAAGAUUUAGAGGCCGUGCCCUCCGUACUGAAUCUGAACAAUGGAGACAGCACCAGCAAAAACGGCAGAGAUAAGGCAAGUCAUUUUUCUUGCUAUAUUGUUGCUUUUGUGGGAGGCUGGCUCUGAAGCAAUUAGAUAUUCCAUACCAGAAGAAACGGAGAGUGGCUAUUUGGUAGCUAACUUCGCAAAAGAUCUGGGGCUCAGGGUUGGGGAACUGGCCACUAGAGGGGCACGAAUCCAUCACAGAGGGAACAAAGAGCUCUUGCAGCUGGAGGCUGAGACAGGGAAUUUGCUCUUGAAGGAAAAACCAGAUCGCGAAGUCCUGUGCGGAGUGACAGAACCCUGUGUGCUGCACUUCCAGAUCAUACUGGAAAACCCUGUGCAGUUCUUCCAAACUGACCUGGAGCUCACAGAUAUAAAUGACCAUUCUCCGGAGUUCCCUCACAAAGAAAUGCUCCUAAAAAUUCAAGAAAGUGCCCACCCAGGGACUGUGUUUCCUCUGAAGGCAGCUCAGGACCCUGACAUAGGGAGCAAUGCUGUUCAAAACUACACAGUCAGCCCCAACCUCCAUUUCCACGUUGUUACUCACAGUAGAGCAGAUGGCAGGAAAUACCCAGAGCUGAUGCUGGACAAAGCCCUGGACAGGGAGGAGCAGCCUGAGCUCACUUUAACCCUCACUGCUCUAGAUGGGGGGACCCCUGCCAGGUCUGGGACCACCGCAGUUCACAUUGAAGUCAUGGACAUCAAUGAUAACGCCCCCCAAUUUGUACAGUCGCUCUAUGAGGUUCAGAUCCCUGAGAACAGUCCCCUCGAUGCCUUAGUUGUUAUGGUCUCUGCCAGGGAUUUAGAUGCUGGAAUGCAUGGCCAUGUAGCCUACUCUCUGUUUCAAGGUGGUGAAGUAUCUCAACCAUUUGUAAUAGAUGAAACCACAGGAGAAAUUCGUCUAAACAAAGAAUUAGAUUUUGAGACAACUCCAUAUUAUAACAUGGAGAUUAUUGCCACAGACAGUGGAGGCCUUUCAGGAAAAUGCAGCGUCCUUGUUAAAGUGGUGGACGUGAAUGACAAUGCUCCUAAACUCACCAUAUCUUCACUCACUAGUGCCAUCCCAGAAAAUGCCCCUGAAGCUGUAGUUGCUGUUUACAGUGUUUCUGACCCAGAUUCUGGGGACAAUGGAAGGAUCGUGUGUUCUAUUCAGAACGAACUUCCAUUUCUUUUGAAGCCCACAUUCGAGAAUUAUUAUACUUUAGUGACAGAGGGGCCACUGGACAGAGAGAGCAGAGCCGAGUACAACAUCACCAUCACAGUCAGCGACCUGGGCACACCCAGGCUCACAACCCAGCACACCAUAACAGUGCAGGUGUCUGACAUCAAUGACAACGCCCCUGCCUUCACCCAACCCUCCUACACCCUGUUUGUCCGGGAGAACAACAGCCCCGCCCUGCACAUAGGCACCAUCAGCGCCACAGACUCAGACUCAGGCUCAAAUGCCCAUAUCACCUACUCGUUGCUGCCGCCCCAUGAUCUGCGGCUGCCCCUUGACUCACUUGUCUCCAUCAAUGCAGACAAUGGGCAGCUGUUCGCGCUCAGGGCGCUGGACUAUGAGGCCCUGCAAGCCUUCGAGUUCCGCGUGGGCGCCUCAGAUCGAGGCUCUCCUGAACUCAGCAGCCAGGUUCUAGUGCGCGUGCUGGUGCUGGAUGACAACGACAAUGCACCCUUUGUGCUGUACCCAUUGCAGAACGCCUCUGCGCCCUGCACAGAGCUGCUGCCAAGGGUUGCUGAGCCUGGCUACCUGGUCACCAAGGUGGUGGCAGUGGACCAAGACUCAGGCCAGAAUGCCUGGCUGUCAUUCCAGCUGCUCAAGGCCACGGAGCCUGGGCUGUUCAGCAUGUGGGCUCACAAUGGCGAGGUGCGCACCACCAGGCUGCUGAGCGAGCGCGAUGCAACCAAGCACAGGCUGCUGCUGCUGGUCAAGGACAAUGGUGAGCCUCCUAGGUCAGCCAGCGUCACUCUGCAUGUGCUGGUAGUGGAUGGCUUCUCUCAGCCCUACCUGCCUCUGCCAGAGGUGGCGCGCAACCCGGCUCAGGAUGAUGAUGCACUCACGUUGUACCUGGUUAUUGCGUUGUCAUCGGUGUCUACACUUUUUCUAUUGUCUGUGCUACUCUUCGUGGGGGUGCGGCUGUGCAGGAGGGCCAGGGAAGCCUCUCUGGGCGGCUGUUCUGUGCCCGAAGGACACUUUUCUGGCCAUCUGGUGAACUUCAGUGGUAUGGGGACCCUGUCCCAGAGCUAUCAGUAUGACGUAUGUCUGAAUGGAGACUCUGGUACCAUCGAUUUCAAAUUUCUGAACCCAAUCAGUCCCUCAACUCUCCUUCAGGACCCUUAG